AUGCAUCGCUUUUUUGCAGAGCUGGAGCCAUCUCUAUCCGUCACUGAGCAAAACCUGGUAGACCGAGUUCGGUACAUCCUGCGCUCCAACAUAUUUGGUGACGCCGAACUCGAACGACUACGACGUGAGGCUGUUCCCUCAUCGGAUGGAAAUGCUAUGGCCGGGAAUGCGGCGCCACUAAUUGCGCAUCAAACUGCAUAUGUCGAUGCUGCCGUGGAUAUUCCAGUUGUGGUUGAUUCAGACGGUGAUGGAAUAGUCUCCCACUACCGAACUAGUGAAAAUGAGGAGCAUAUUGGAAGAGUCGAUGCUGGAAACGCGCAGUACACCUCUAGAAAAUCGAUCGCGACUUCCCCGCAUACCCCCAAGCAAGCGAAAUCGUGCGAGCUCUUAACCCAAUUCUGGCGACCUAUUUGGAAGCCAGCCGGGACCUUUGCGAGAUGGACUCACUACUUUUUGGUGCUGAGUCUCUGCCUACCCCUCUGGGUGACAGGCGCGUUAGCAAAAAAAGGACAUAAUAUUACAGUAAUAUCAUAUUUUCCACAAAAUCAACCUAUAAAAAAUUAUCAUGACAUAAGUCUGGCGGAAAAGUUAACGGUUUUCGAAGGUGUAUUCCCUGAAGAAAAUUCGUUUUUAACUAUUUUAAAAGUUACUUCCUCCCUCGUACAGUUCGGAACGAAGGAUUGUAAAACUUUGCUGGAAGACAAAAAUGUACAAAAUUUAUGGAAGACGAAGUCAAAAUUUGAUGUAGUGGUUACAGAGCAAUUUAACAGUGACUGUUCUCUAGGAUUAGCGCACAUAUUAAAUGCUCCAGUAGUAGGUCUCACUACCCAUUCUUUGAUGCCAUGGCAUUUCAGCAGAUUUGGUGUUCCUUUCAAUCCUUCAUACGUAUCGUUUAUGUAUUCGAAUGGUGGAACUAAGCCAACUCUAUAUCAGAAAGUAGAAAGUUUUAUAAUCGAUACAUAUCUAAGGUUAAUUUAUAAGUAUCUCGGUCAAAGGGUAGAUCAAAGCACGCUUGCACAGUAUUUUGAUGAUAUUCCUCCUUUAGAAGAACUGGGUCAUAACAUCAAAUUUCAACUACUGUACACUAAUUUUGUUCAUGUCGGCUCAAAUAUCUUCCCCCAGAAUGUGAUAGAGGUUGGUGGAUAUCAUGUUGCAAAUCCUAAGCAAUUACCUGAAGACUUACGUAAGUUUAUCGAAACAUCUCAACACGGGGUAAUAUAUAUUAGUUUUGGAUCUUUGAUAAGAACAGCUGCAAUGCCUAGAGAUAAAUUAGAAACUAUUUUAAGCACACUUUCGGAGCUUCCUCAAAGAGUUAUUUGGAAAUGGGAAGAGGACUCUUUACCAGGAAAUCUGAAGAAAAUAUAUAUAUCUAACUGGUUACCUCAAAAUGACAUAUUAGGUCAUCCAAAUGUGGUAGCAUUUUAUUCGCACUGUGGACUACUGGGAACUACAGAAGCACUGUAUCAUGGAGUUCCAGUAUUAGGAAUGCCUCUUUUUGGAGAUCAACCAUCAAAUGCUGCAGCAAUUGAAGAAAGUGGUCUCGGGGUUCAAAUUGAACUUAAGGAACUCACAAAAGAAAAUCUUUUAAAAAAAGUUCAGGACGAUUCUAAAUCCCCGGUUUCAGGCUAA